UACCUCGCGCGCGAGUUUCCCCGCGAGGAAUUCACCGCUUGACUCUUCUCUUUCUUGAUCUUUGAGAACGAGGACAAUAACGGGGAUAACGGGGAUAACGAAGAUCCGUCGUUGUCAACGUCGUCCCGUCGUCGUUGUCGGUGCGAAGCGUUUCGCGUGAUCCGCGGAACGCGACGAAGGGACGUCUCGGCCAUCGGCAGGGCGUGUUAGAAGGUGGCAAAAUUCUGAGAAGACCGGAGCUCGGUGGAGCCCUGGCAGGCUCAUCGGCGGCUGCGGACGCGGACGUACGCCGACGAAGACGUAGCAGUCCUCUGGAUUAUCACAAGCCCCGUGGAGCUGCCCUGGCAGACUCGGGCACCAGUGCGGCAGCUAAAAUGGGCAACAAUGCCGCGACCGCCAACAAGAAGGUCGACGCUGCCGAGAGCGUCAAGGAGUUCCUCGACAAGGCGAAAAAGGAGUUCGAGGACAAGUGGAAGAAGAACCCGACCAACACCGCCGCCCUGGAUGACUUCGAGCGUAUCAAAACUCUGGGCACCGGCUCGUUUGGUCGAGUCAUGAUCGUCCAACACAAACCCACCAAGGAGUACUACGCCAUGAAAAUACUCGACAAGCAAAAAGUCGUCAAGCUGAAACAGGUGGAGCACACGCUCAACGAGAAGAGGAUACUACAGGCGAUCAGUUUUCCAUUUCUCGUUUCGUUGCGCUUCCACUUCAAGGACAACUCUUACCUGUACAUGGUGUUGGAGUACGUGCCCGGCGGCGAGAUGUUCAGCCACCUGCGCAAGGUCGGCCGCUUCUCGGAGCCGCACUCGCGUUUUUACGCGGCUCAGAUCGUGCUCGCGUUUGAGUACCUGCACUAUCUCGACCUGAUCUACCGGGAUUUGAAGCCGGAGAACCUGCUGAUCGACUCGCAGGGUUACCUGAAGGUUACCGACUUUGGUUUCGCUAAAAGAGUGCAGGGUCGAACGUGGACUCUGUGCGGCACACCCGAGUAUCUAGCGCCCGAGAUCAUCCUCAGUAAGGGCUACAACAAGGCGGUAGACUGGUGGGCAUUGGGCGUACUGGUCUACGAGAUGGCUGCUGGCUAUCCGCCAUUCUUCGCUGACCAGCCGAUUCAGAUCUACGAGAAGAUCGUGAGCGGCAAGCCGCGCUUUCCGUCGCACUUCGGCUCCGACCUGAAGGACCUACUGCGCAAUCUGCUGCAGGUCGACCUCACCAAGAGGUAUGGCAACCUCAAGGCGGGCGUAAACGACAUCAAGGGUCACAAGUGGUUCGCCAGUACCGACUGGAUAGCCGUCUUCCAAAAGCGAAUAGAGGCGCCUUUUAUACCGCGCUGCAAGGGACCAGGCGACACCAGCAACUUUGACGAUUACGAGGAGGAGACCCUGAGGAUCUCACUGACGGAGAAGUGCGCCAAGGAGUUCGCCGAGUUUUGAACGCUGCGCCGGCUCGGCAAGUUGUUCGCAACAGGGAGGUGGAUACGCACGUCGUGUACGCGUCGUUGUGGUCGCGUCUCGUCGUUGGGCCGACGCGGCACGGCGCUUCUCCGUCAUCGCCGUCGUCACGUUGGUGAUUCGCUUUUUUUUUUGCGAGAGAAAGAAUAAGAGAAUGGGAGAGAAAGAGCGAAAGAGAAAAAGAG